GCACUCCAAGCGCCAGUUCGCCGCUUCAACUCGACGCCGAGAGACGUGUUCGUGCCCCCAGCGUUCGUGACUAACCUACACGUCGAAUCGUAAACAAAAUCGUUAGUUAUCGUGACCGUUUUUACUGGUUUCCUUUUACGACUUCGAAAUUUCGAGUAAUCUCAUAUUUUGUGCUACUGGGUAGUUUACUCCGGAUCCAGUUCGUUUCUCGCGUGUUUGCUGGUUGCUUAGCGACGCGUUGUUUACCUGUUUGUGACGAUGGAUUUCGUGGAGAAUGCGAAGGAUUUAGUGGUUCCCUGCGAAGGAUAACUUUGGAGUGAUCAUGUGCGAACUGUCCUGAAGGACAGCGAUUUUCUGUGUCAGUGAAUCUUGCAAUCUGCUGGGAGUUAGAAAAAAUAAACCGUGACAAUGUGGGUGAAAAGUGUUCUGUCUGUGCUUUCCCUGGUGCUCACUGCUGAAGCAGGUCGGAUUGUUUUUCAGAACGGAGCUUACAAUGGUUUAGUCUUCAAAAUCGAGGAGUAUGUGCCUUCUUCGUCGUGUAAGGAUAUCAUUCGAAAUUUAGAGGCGGCGAUCCACUCGGCUUCAAAGGCGUUGCACACGGCGCUGGACGGACGGGCUCAACUGGGAAAUGUGACUGUGCUGGUCCCGAACAACUGGCCGCAUGAUCAGAGCUGUGUCGUUGGCGAGGUCUCGCAGGGUGAAACACCCGACGUCCGAAUCAGUCUUCCGCAUGUCGCCUACAAGGACUCGAUCUGGACGCAGCAAUCCCGCGGAUGUGGUCAGGGCGGCGACUUCGUCUACAUGAGCUACAGGACCCUCCAGGAACCAAGAGAUCUAGGUCGAAGCCUGGCCCGUGAAUUUGUGAAGUAUCGCUACGGAGUUUUCGAUGAAGUUGGCUACAUAAAUGACCCUGUCUACCCGAUUUGCUAUUCGAGCGAGCCCUCACCACCUCAGAUAACCGGAUGCUCAGACAAGCCCAUCCAGUCAGUCGGAAUUUGCAGCAACGAUCAAAUGGUGAACACGAGCACUUUGGUCCACCCCCAAGCUCAAGCUUCCCUCAUGUUUGCCAACGAAGCGAAACACAUCACCAAGUUCUGCAGCAAGGAGACCCACAACAAGUACGCCCCGACCAAACAGAAUCUCAUGUGCGACCGGCUUAGUGUCCAAGAUGUCAUCAUGCAACAUCCUGAUUUCUCCAACAGCACAAGCCAACCACCAGUAGUUCCCAGAUUGCCCACGAUAGUAUACAAACGAGAGACUUUAACCCGAUACGUUGUUGUGAUUGCUGACACAAAGGAUAUGUCCAUCCGAGAAUCAUGGAACUACUUAAGAUUGGCAUUCCGCAAGUGGGUUGUUCAUGAUUUACCUUCCAACACUGAGGUUGCUCUUGUUACAACCGGCGAUCGCUCUGCAAAUCGUCUACGAAUCCUGAGCCCUCUACAAACUUCAAACGAAAGAGACCUGGUCGCCUCAAACAUACCUUAUACUGCAGGAGACUCAAGUGCUCCAGCUUGCAUUUCAUGUGGUCUUACAGAGGCUACCACGAUCUUGGAAGAACGCACGAGGGCAAAAGGACCGGCCAGUUCUGUAAUUGUUCUCAUUGCCCCUGGAAUGAGCCCUGACUCACUGAAGGAAGUCAACGAUGUUGUGAAUCGAGCUGUUAGCCACAAAAUUCGUAUCGCAACUAUCACAUACCCGGAAAUGUACAGAUCAAAAUCACUCGAUUGGAUGGCUCACAAAACUGGCGGUGUUGCUUUCACUGUCUCUGAAAGUAAACACAACAUGGACACCUCAAACAUCUUAACCUACUUCAAACUCACCAAUGUCAUGUACAACCUCAUUGAAACAUUUUACCAAGGAAACAAGGCAGAUUUACCCAUUGAGAUUCAUCGGCGUGAACUUCAUGAUGAUGACCGUAUAACAAGUGUAACAGGAUUUUUCUACCUGGAAGAAGGAAUGGGCGAUCCUGCUCGGUUCAACAUCUUCACUCACAACUUUCAAAAUCCUUUGAUCCGCAAUCUGGCCCUCAUUAGCCCCUCGGGGAAAACAUUUGCCACCCGAUCUGAUUCGUUGCUUUCUUUGAGACUUCUCAGUCUAUCUGCUCUCAUCAAUGAGACGGGUAAUUGGAGCUACUCAAUCGACAAGUUUUUUGGCAGUCAACAAUCAAACUAUGUUCAGGUCAUGGCAAGUCCAAGGAAUCGCAAGGCUCCCAUCAUUCGUGCCAGACUUUGGACCAGCGAAACUCUGAAUCCUUUUGUUCUCUACACUGAGGUAAAAUAUGGAGAAUGGCCCGUCAUCAAUGCUCGUGUCGAAGUUACUGUGACAAGACCUGGUGUAAAUGGAUCUAGCAUUCAUAAAGAGCAGUUUGAUUUAUUGGACACAGGAAGUGGAGAUCCAGACCUGAUGAAACAUGAUGGAAUCUACUCCCGCUAUUUCACCCCGAUUGUUGGUGGACCUGGUGUAUACACAUUUGAAGUCACAGUUUCUGAUAACAACAAUGCGUACACGUGGGACCAAAAUCUGGAAAUUCCCUCUCAUCAGCAACCUAUAAUCAUGGCUCCUAACUGUUGCGGCUCUAAAAUGAAGCCCCCUACAAGAGAAAAAGCUGUGGAAGCCUUCCAGCGUUUCCUGCCACCCCUGACCGUAACAUUCAACAGCGAAUCGAUGAAUCCAGUUCCAAACGCUGGCAGAAUCGGUGAUUUAAAAGUUCAGCUGAUCCCCGAUGAUAUCAGCGCUCUCUUAACCUGGACUUCUCCAGACAUGGGUGGUAGCUCAGUUGUACGUUAUGAGGUCCGCUAUGCCAACAGUGUUGAGGAUAUUGUAGAUAGAUUUGACUUUGCAACUCCAUGGACCUACAGUUCGCCGUUCCCCUUGGCUCCUGGCUCGGACUCCUCCUUCACUCUUAACAUGACAAAGAACCCAUCACUGAUGGGCCAAGUUUUAUAUGUUGCCAUCCGAGGCUACAAAGACUCUUCAAUUGAUGCAACACCUGGACCAGUCUCAAACUGGGUCCGUAUCCUGAUUCCCUUCGCUCCAACAACCACAACUCAAUCUCCAUACGCUCUUUCCCCUGCUGAUAGCUCAUCCAUCCUCGACAACCAAAGUGUAAUUCCCAAAAUUGCUGAAAUCGAGUUCAACAUGGAGAUUAUUCUAGCUGUUGCAGGUGGAAUUUGUCUCUUAGCCUUGUUCUUGGCAAUUUCAUGCUACCAUUGCCUCAUCAAGCGGAAGAAGAUUACCGAGAAAAAGUCCCCGAAAAAUGGUAAAAACGAGAAACAAAUCAAUGUCUCUGUUGUUCCCACCUCAAAUGGUGUCCCCAAUGGGAGUGUAUCCAUUUCGUCUCCAAUUUUAAGUUCAACAAUGUCUAACGAUAUCCACUCUCAGACCCUCCCGUCACACUUUGAGCCAUGUCUUAUUGACUCAGACGAUUCUAAAAAGCGUUACAGCAUUGCUCAAUACACGGAUAGUCCAUACCAGCAUCAACAAGAUAUCCACAUUGGCAAUGGCUUGAUGAGCCAAGUCAGCAAUUUAUCACCGAAUGGACAACAGUAUGUGGUCUCCAAUGGAAAUGGUACUCUGGUGCGAGGCCGCACUCUCAGCCCAUACCAGUCAUGGACAGCAUCUCAGCUGCUCCUGGAACAUGAAAGGCGGCACAGUCCAUAUGGUCAAGUCGGGGAGGACCAGUAUGCUCCUCCGGUGCCACCAUUACCAUCAUUCAACCAACAACAAGAAAGUAUAUACGGCAACAACUUGGAAAACCAUCAAGGGUUACCACCUCCAGGUCAAUAUAGUAAUAAUUAUCAUAGGACACCUAAUGGUAAUCUAAUGCUAUUCAAUCCUAGUCUGCAGGGUUCGUUAAGUUCUGUCAGUAGUGGAGACAAGAAAAAACGAAAUGUAACAAUGGUUUGAAAAGAAACUGUAGUUUAAAUUAACCAAUUUUUAGAUUUGAUCUAAGAGCCAAGACUGGAUAGAUUUGAGUAGUUAAUUGAGCAAUAAUUCUGCUUGUUUGUACCUACUUAAAACACUUUUCCCCCGCCAUAAGUAGAAGUUCCCAAUUGCAGGCGUUAAAUAUGUACAUUUUCUUUAAUUUUCUCUUUUGUCUUAAGAUACCACCAUGAUAAAGUGAAUCCAUAUCAUUUUGAUAAAACUUGAUAUUUCAUGAGGAGUUAAAUUAAUAUUUUUCAUUAUUGAUUUAAAAUAUUCAUUGUUUCUCAUUCUAUCUCAAUUUUGCUCAAAGGGACCCUUCAGAAAAUUUUCUGUGGUGAAAUUUUACCCUAGUGACCUUCCUCAAUUUGUUUUCUUUUUCUGUUACUAAUCCAAUUUCAUCAUUUUUUCAGCAAUAAAAGACGAAACAUUUGAUCAUUUUUUCCCGUUUUUUCGUUCUUCUAUUGCAUAGGAAUUGAUUUUCAUUUGUUUUUGCUGCAUACAAGAGCAUACUUACUUUUAGAUAUUUUUCUUAUUUUUAUCAGUUCAUUGUUUUUUUUUUUUUUUGGUAAAAUUUUGCUACUGGCUUAUUUUGAAAGGUCUUGUAAGUAGACCACUAAUAGGCAACUAGAGAUUUUUAAAAAUCUUAUAUUUUCCCUUUUUUAUGUGACCAUUUGUUAUAAUUUGAACAAUUUUGUAAUAUACAUAAUCUGUACUUUUUUUCCAAAUGAAUGAACGUGUAAAUAUGUAUGUAUUGAAUUUUGAUCUCAAUGUUGUUAAAGUUUUUCAAACGUUGUGUUUGAAUGCCAAUUAGUGUAUUUAAAAUUACUGCCAAAUCCGCUUUUGGUCUGAGAGAUAUGACUCUGUGCUGGUACGCAAUCACGUUUCAUCGUAUUGUAUUUCCCCUCAGGCAUUGUCCAAAUAUCUGCAAAUUGUGAUGUGUCUCUCAUUCCUGUAGUAAACAAAGUUUUCUGCAUCUCUGGAUAGUAAACUCGAUUAGGUAUUUAAAUAAAAAUGCCCCAUUUUUUAAAAAUACUAAAUAUAUGAGUAAAAUCAGUUUCUCUUCGUUGUGAAAAAAUCUCUCCCAAUUUUCAAAGUUUCAAGUAAGUGUUUACUGUGUUCUAGUUGAAUAUAUCUUUGUCGGUACUUGAUAUUUUAAAAAAAAAAUUUAAUUAUUCUAAUGUAAAGUCCUGAUCAGUCUAGGAUAUUCUCUAUUCCUUUUCCAUAACUUUUCAUGGCUGGUUAGGUUUAGUAUUAUUCCAGGUGUUUUGGACAGAAUUUGUUUUUCCUAUUUGUCUCCAAGUACUUUUUCUUGAUAUAGUUACCAAAUUUGUCUCUUUAGCUGCCAGUCUAAAUUUGGGGAGGUGAGAUUGACUUUGUCUUGUUUUGUCAGCAAUUUACUUUACUUAGUCCAAUUUUUAUUCCAAAGGUAUGUUCAAACACCUUUUAUGAGGAUAUUUUCUCCUAUAAUGAGGAUUUACUUUUUCGUUCGAUUUUCGCGUCUCUUAAUUUAAUUUAAGUAAGUACAUUCAGCCAUUAGCAUUUAUAUUUUCCACCUGUACAUAGUGUUUUUUGUAUCAACGUCUUGUAAAUUUGUAUACUUCUGUUCGAUAUCUUUAUCCAGCAAAUUUUGUGUAAACAAUUAUUUGCAACAAUGUACUUAGUUUUCAUCGCUCUGAUUGUUUGUGUUUGUAAAGUAUUUUGCAAAUGAUCUUUCUUACCGCAAUUUUUCGCCUUGUUUAGAAAUGGUAAUGGAUAGAAAAAGGGUUGCCUUGGAUUUUUGAAUGCAUAUCCAUUGAAAAUCAUUGCCAAAAUUACACUUGAUUAAAAUUAAUUUGUUCUUAAAAGGCGUCCCAUUUUUGGUGAACAAUUUUGCAUCUUUCCCUUUAAUCCAACCGACUGAUUUUUAUUUUCGAAAGUCCUUUAAUCAAAUUAAUCCUUCUGUUUGCUCCAAAAGUACCAAGGUACAGAAAUGAUAGAGAGAUAAAAAUUAAACCUAAGUAACAAUCAUCCUUCCCAUUUGCUCCCUGAAUUUAUUUGGAAUGAGUUGGUAGAUCAAUUGCAGUUCAGAUAUUUUAUGUUUGUUUCCAAUUUUGCAAACAUUUUUUUACAAAUACUCCAAUACGCAUUAAUCUAGUCACUGUUAUUAUCAACCCUCCACCAAUGGAGGUUUAAAUUGUAAAUUGAAUUUAUUUUCGAAUCUGUGUUAAAUUGACCAUUUUUUACUGCGUUGUUUUUCAGAAAAUCUGAUAUCGUAUUUUGUACCAUCUAGAUUUAACAAUUUUAAUUGCCAGUGUUUGUUUGGAAAGAAGUACUUAGGAAGGAAAGAACAAUUGACAGGAAGAAAAUGGGCAAUUUCAUGCAGAUUCAGAAUGUGAGAUAGUUCGUCUAAGCUCUUCAUAGUAUUGACUACUUGUAUCUAAUAAAUGUUGUAAAUGUAAAUUUUCUAUGAUUUGUGAAUAAAAUUUUUAUUGAUCAUUAAUACAA